GCCCGCCUGCUGGGUCCGCGCCACCAUGGCUGGGCUCAUGGUCAGUGGAACUCAAGUGUCCUAUGUAGGCCAGAACUGCAGAGAAAUUCCAGAGUACCUGGGCCGGGACUUUGGACAUUUUGCGAAGAGGCUUGAUCUGAGCUUCAACCUCUUGAGGUCACUGGAAGGACUGAGCGCAUUCAGGAGCCUGGAGGAACUCAUUUUAGACAACAAUCUGCUCGGAGACGACCUCGUGUUGCCAGGGUUACCCCACUUGCACACCUUAACCCUCAACAAGAACCAAAUUACUGACUUGGAGUACCUCCUUGAUCACCUGGCAGAAGUGACACCAUCUUUAGAGUACCUCAGCCUGCUGGGAAAUGUGGCAUGCCCCAAUGAGCUGGUCAACUUGGAGAAGGAUGAGGAAGACUAUAAGAGAUACAGGUGCUUUGUUCUAUAUAAGCUGCCCAAUUUGAAGUUUCUGGAUGCCAAGAAAGUCAGCAGACAAGAGCGGGAAGAGGCGUUGGUCAGAGGGGCCUUCAUGAAGGUGGUGAAACCCAAGGACUUCAGAGACAGUCAACAUCACCAACUCCAGCCAAGUACAGCAGAUGAGGUCUUUGUGAUAUCCUGGGGGUCAGAUACUGGCCAUCCUGCUUUUCCCACAUUCACGUCUCCACUGCACAGAGCAGAUCUGUAUUUACCUUGCACUCAUUUGCUUUGGGAUUGGAAGCUGUAAAGCUGCUGAUAGAAAGCUGGACUGUGCUGUCCAUAUCCUGGGAUGUUGUAUUCCGUAUGUGCCCAACUCUGAGCCCUGUACAAAUAGAAGGACGGACCCAUUGACACAUUUUACAUAUGAUGGGGUUCAGUCCCAGAGCACUUCAUGGAGCUGCCCAAGGUCACUGGCUCAUGACUUCCUGAGCUGGAAUUUUACCCUUAUGUCUGACAUGGGGCCUAGUCUCUUCUCACUCUGCUGUUUUAGCCCUGGAGAGAGAUCGGUAUUUUCCCUGGAGAUGUCUCAACAUAGUUGAAACUUCCCAGGGGAGCCUGAGUGAGAGAGACAGGUGGGGUUGGACUGGUUUUCUGCAUGGGGAUAGGGAGAGGUGGAAUCUCCUCCUGUCUUUGAGCAUGGUGGGGAAGGCUUCCGUAAAACCUGUCAGCCAUCGGAGUCAUUAGCAACAGGAGCCGAAGUGCUCCUCAGCGUUCCCAAUUAGCUUCCAAUCAAUUAUAGAAUUAGCACAUGUUUGUGUGAUUGACUCUAAUGCCCUUACUAACUGUAUUACACUUAGAAAUGCUCAUUAAUUAUUUGAGGAGAGAGACAAAAAUGCCCUUGACAAAGAAGCAUGGGGAUCUUGGCUUCUGUUUCUGUGGCGCCUCAAGAUAUCCUAGUAAGAGAUCCCGUCUGUUGCUUUGUGCUUGAGGGAUCUGAAAGGGUCAGGAGCCUAAGGUCCUGAUGAGGCACAGUUAGGACCCAAACAAGGGUUCUUGGGGUUCUGUUUAAGGGUUUUGAUGUGAUGGUCCUUCAAGAUCCCAAGAAGAUUCCACGUUGUUACUGGUUUAUCAUACUGCAUGCCUGCCAAAUGGUGGGAGAUUCCCCUUUUGUCUGUUGUCUUCUGAGAUACACAGUGGUAUUUUCCUUGCAGAUAGAAAGGAGCCAAAUGAGCUCUUUGCUGAAUUAAUAAACUGGCAUUCAGACAGC